AUGAUGAUUAAGUUUAUCCAGCUUAAUCUAAAUCAUUGCUGGGCAGCCCAUGAGCUGCUAUCACAGACAGUGGGUGAGUCUAGAACAGACAUAGCCAUUAUAAGCGAACCUUUUAAGGCCAGAACUGGAAAUAACUGGUCCUGCAGUAUUUCUGGGAAGGCAGCGAUCUGGGCUUGUGGAACGCCAUCACUAUUGCAGCGUUCCGUGCUAAACAAGGAGCACUAUGUCAGGGCAAACAUAAGCGGCCACUGGGUCUACAGCUGCUACUUGCCACCAAGUCUGAAUAUCCAAAGCUUCAGCGAUGCCUUAGACGAUCUCGAGCAGACGCACGUAUUUUCAGCAUUAAUUGAGAGGGCCCAAUUCUCGCGGAACUCGGCUGGCGUGAUGGCCGAACAGCUCUAUAGCAACCUGGACGCAGCCUGCAGUGCAAGCAUGACGCAAAUAAAGAAUUAUAGAAGACAUCAUCAACCUGUAUUCGAAGUGGAUGCGGGAUUGCGUCAAUCGGCACCGGAAUCGACCGAGAAUGAGCGAUAUUUGCAACAAUAUCAAGAGGAACUGAGACAGCAGUACCUCCAGGAGGAGGAGAAGCGACAACAGCAAAUUGAGCAACAUCGCCAGCAGCAAAAUGAGCAAAUGCAACGACAACGCCGUCAAUAUCAAGACCGAGAGCUGGAUCUACUGGAACAGAUGCAACAGCGACCAAACAAUCCACUGCAGCAACAGAUUCCCGAAUGGGCCAGACAGGAUGAUCAGAAUUCGUAUAAUCCAUAUAAUACACGUCAAUUGUACAGUAGCCUCAUCCCAGAGGAGGAUGAAAUUCGUGAAAAUCGACAGCGUCUGCAGUGGCAGCAACAGCUUUUCGAUGACUAUGAGCAGCAACCACCGACUGAUUAUAUUGUUGCCAAUUCACAUAUGAAUCAGCGUCCCCAGCAGGAGAAUCACCGGGAGCGCCGUCAAGAGGAGCGCCGUCAAGAGGAGCGUCGUGAGCGGGAGCGCCAACAUCGCGAACGUCUCCAUCAGAAACGUAUCCAUCAGGAACGUCUCCAAUGGGAACGCCGUCAAAUGCAGGAGCGUCGUGAGCAGGAGCGUCGUGAGCAGGAGCUUCGUGAACAGGAGCGUCAUGAGCGGGAACGUCUCCAUUGGGAACGCCGUCGUGAGCAGGAGCGCCGUGAGCUGGAACGUAGUGAGCAGGAGCGUCGGUAA